CGGCGGUGCUGGCGGAGUGUCAGAGGCAGUGGCAGGCGCAGCUGCGCGGAUGGAGCAAGGGGGGGGACUGCGCGCAGGUGGAGGGCGUGCGCUGCAAUGCUGCUGGCUUCAUCGUCUCACUGAACGUGAGUAAGAAGCAGUUGGAGGGGCCCAUUCCAGAUGCCAUUGGGAACCUCACCGCACUCACUCUACUGUACGCCGCACCUUGCCACGCCAUGCGUCUCUCAAGCACCAAGCUCACCGGCUCCCUUCCACCCACUGUGCCGCGCCUCACCCGCUUAGAAGAGCUAACUCUCAGUUACAACACCCUGUCAGGCUCCAUCCCGGAAGCCAUUGGUGACCUGGCUGCCCUCUCACACCUGUCUCUCGAGGAGAACAAGAUCACAGGAGCAAUCCCUUCAUCCAUCUUUCGCCUCUCGAAUCUCACCUUGCUGAAUCUCGGAACCAACAAGUUAGAGGGUACGAUCCCUUCGGCCAUAUUUCACCUUACCAAGCUCGCCUUGUUAGAGCUUCGUUGGAAUCAAAUAUCCGGCUCCAUUCCCGCAGCCAUCUCUAAGCUGGUUGCCCUCUCACACCUAGACCUCAGCUUUAACAUCAGAGUCACAGGCUCCAUUCCCCUCGAGAUGCAGAGGCUUACCAAGCUCCAGUCUCUAUACCUCAGCUAUAUGAGUCUAUCGGGUCCCUUUCCAUCGUGGAUAGCUGGUCGCACCAUGCUCAGAAAUUUAGUCGCUGCACACAACAGACUCAAUGGCAGCAUACCAGAGUCCAUUGGCAGCACCAUCAACCUUCAAGUCUUAUCCAUAUGGAAGAACAACCUGUCAGGCAGCAUUCCCGAGUCCAUAGGCAGUCUCACCAAGCUCAGCAGCCUGGACUUGUCAGACAACCAGUUUGUGGGAGCCGUACCUGAGGGCAUUGGCAACAUGAAGUAUAUUCGGAAACUGGAUCUCUCCAACAACCACUUGACCGGCACUCUCCCCACCACCCUCUCUCGCCUCUCUGGCCUGCAACAACUGUUCCUCAACCGCAACAACCUGAACGGCUCAUUUCCUCUCUGGAUCACACAGAUGUCCAGCGUUGCAUGGCUAUACCUCAGCGACAACAAUUUCUCCGGCCCCCUACCUGCUGCUCUUGGCGGCUCUAAAGGCCUCGUCUUUCUUGAAACGUCAGGUUCGGGCCUCACAUGCCCACCAGAUGCGUCCAGCUGUGUGGUUCGGCAGACCAACUACAGCGCCUUCUGCCUAGACUGCCACGAAUUCUGUGCCACUUGCAUCAGAGAUCAAUCCCCAUCCUCAUCCCGAAUCGUGGCCUCUCCUCCACCAUCCCCAUCACCAAAUCAAACCGUCAACAACUCCUCCAACUCCUCACUUUCCUCCCCCUCACUCGCUUCCCCUUCUGGCCUGUCCGUGGGAGCUGUUAUUGGCAUUGUGACAGCAGCCGUUCUGCUCGUGCCUCUCCUGCUUGCAUCAGCUUGGUGCCUUGCCGCCCACUUCAAGAUUUCCACACAAGACUCCCCGAGCCCGCAACUAGGGAACGCAACGACACCAUGCCGACGGUACUCCCUGGCUGCCGUGGCUCGUGCGACGAACAACUGGUCCAAGGAGUGCCUGCUGGGGUCGGGGUCAUACGGAGACGUGUAUCGCGGGGUGUGCCCCGAGGAUGGCACCACACUGUGGGCCGUGAAGCGCGCCAAAGUCAUCACCGCUGACUUCCACAGAGAGGUGGCGCAGAUGGCCACGAAGCACCAUCCCAAUCUGGUGCGGCUGCUGGGGUAUGCAGUGGGAGGCCAUGUGAACACGCGGGUGGAGAACAUUCUCGUCUACGAGUUCAUCGCCAAUGGCGACCUGCGCCAGUGGAUCGCCCCAGAUGCACCCACAAGUUUGACUCUGCAGCAGCGAGUAGGCAUCCUCCUGGGGGUGGCACGUGGGUUGGAGUAUCUCCACAGCUUUGGCCUCGUGCACCGGGACAUCAAGCCAGCCAACAUCCUCAUUGACGCCCACAUGCAGGCGAAGGUGGCAGACUUUGGGCUUGUGCACGUGGGGGAGGGCACAGCAACGGGCACAACAACGGGAUUCACGCGAGUGCUGGGAACGGUGGGCUAUGUGGACCCUGCUUACUCGCUCACGCACAACGCCACCACUUCUGCAGACGUUUACAGCUUUGGCGUGCUCAUGCUGGUGAUGCUGUCAGGCAGAGGAGCCACCAUCAACGCGAUGAGCCUUGGCACUGAGUCAGACGCCUGUGCCGGCCACGAGCCAAUUUCCAUCUGCAAAUGGGCAACUGAUCUAAUGGCGGAAGGAAAGACUACACUCCUCAGGGACCCACGCAUGGAAGCACCUGAAGACAUCACCAUUCGCCUCGCCCACCUCGCUGUCACAUGCACUGCCAUGCCCACCGCCUCCCGCCCCUCCAUGUCCCGAGUGGCCCAAGACCUGGAAGCUCUGCGGGAGGAGGUGGGAGGGGGGGAUGCGAGAGCGAGAGCGGCAGGGAGGGUUGACGAGAAGAUGUCAAAUCAGCGGUUACAGAGGAGCAUGGAGGAGGACCUUGCGUUGCUAAAUGAGCAAGUCAUGCAUGAGGGUGAAGCAACGGCUACCUUUGUACAGACAUGA